AUGAGCGGCGGCGGAUCGGUCGAGUAUCCUUCGACGUCUGAUCGUCUAGCGCUCUUCAUGAGGCGCUAUGCCUUGACCAAUGACAAGGUAGCAAGACAUCUGGACUGGUCCAAGGAACAGCUGCACGCGUAUUUGUCAUCGAAGACACGGCGCAUUAAGGCGUCAACCGACAUUGCAGACACAGCAGUGGAAAAACUGCUGAUGAGGUAUCGCGUGGCGCUAGCACAUCAGAUGCUCAAGAGUGCUACGACCAAGUCGCUUAUGUCGUUGGAGGGUACUAGUAGAAGAUCAAUGGCACCAACACAGUUGGGACGCAGUGUGGAAGACAGAAGUAGUGUUAUACAUGCUGAUGCGACACCUGCACAACUGGAGAAUGCAGCGAUGGAAAUGGCAAGGACAUCGGUAGUCAAGAGGAAGCGAAAGCGAAGAGUCCAUGUCAUGCCUUUGGAUGCGCCAGAAGCUUCAUUGAAGAUUCCAUUGCUUGGGAAAAAGGUCAAGGAUACAGUGGAUGCAGAAUUGACGGCAAAGUGGCUCAGCGUACGAAAGACGCGGCAGGCGGCUGAUGUGGAGCUUAUAUGUCCCAUUCGUGUGGACGUUGAUAUGAACGGCAAACGGUUCCAGGACACGUUUAUUAUCGAUGCAGCGCUGACAACGUGCGCACCGGAGACCCUUGCUGCCCGAAUAGUUGACGACGAAAAGAUGAGCGACAAGCUGAAAGAUGUUAUUGCCGAGUCGAUUCGGCGACAGGUGUUCAUGUAUACCACGUGCUUCAGCAUCAAGGAUAAGAGUGAUCGACUCUUCCCUAUCUACUUGGAUCUCAUUAUUGACGGGUUCUCGCUUCGCGACCAGUUUGAAUGGGACAUCUCGAAUGACUAUACUGCCGCACAAACAUUCGCCUGCACGUUAUGUGCAGACAUGACUUUGCCACAACAAUUUGAGCCAGCCAUAGUUUUUUCGAUCGUCGAGCAGGUGGCGGCAUAUCGUAUCGUAUUGGGUGGGCACAGGUGGGUCGGGAAAAACUCGUGCUGUGCAAAAGACGCCAGCGGGACGUUGCCGACAUGCAGCGCAGGGUAUAUUGAGACGAUGCCACCCCUUGAUAAUGUCGUGCGUGACACGAACGACGCGAAGCUAUGGCAACCUGUACUGAGUGAGCUUUCCAGUGAAGAGAGGACAUAUUUAUCUGCAAAGCUUCCGGCAAUCCGAGCUCCAUCAGCACGAAGGAAGGCGCCAGUAGUCUCGCGAGCUAAUGGUCCAUCGCACCGACCCACCCGGCCAGUGGUUAAGGAAACGCGUCUUCCACGCCCACUCAACCCUUUCAUAGUGUACUGCCAAAUGCAGAAGGAAGUUUUGGGCAAGACACGUCGAUCUGCGUCCGAAAUGAGGAAGAUCAUGGGUGACAUGUGGCGCAGGUGUUCCGAUGAGGAAAAAGAAUACUACGCGCAAGUGACAGAGACAGAAAACGAAAAGAGGCGUCGGGACUACAUUCUGCACCUGCGCGACCGAGCGAUUGCCGAAUGGGAAGAGGAUGAAGCUCGCCGAAAAGGACUGUUGGCUUCCACCACACUCGAGGCGUCCGUGGACCACUUUCGCGGUCUUUUGCUCGAAAAUUACAUGAGCGAGCGACACGAAGUGGAUGUAAAUAGACUAGAGUCCGUUGCUGAGAGUGUAGACGAGGAGGACGAGGACGAAAUGUAA